GGCGGAGUCGGAGGGAGGAGCGUAUUGUACAUGAGAUGAUCUGUAGCAGGCGCUGUACACAUCCCCGCUGCUCAGCACAAUGCCGCGUUAAUACGAGCGCUAUCAGUGCGCCCUGCGCUUCACUCUCCUCGGCUGUUAUUUGCACAGCGACAUGCUGCCCUGGAAGAAAAGCAAAUUCGACCUGAUCGAGGAGGAUCCGAAGCAGGGGAAGCAGAAGGGCUAUGCGGUGAGCCUCAACUACAGCGCCCUCACCUCCUUCGCUAAGUCCUGCCCGGAGGGGGCCCUGACUCGGGUGGGCAGCAUGUUCAAGUCCAAGAGGAAGAAGAUCAAGAUCACGGGGGAAGACCCGACAUACACGGUGCUGUACUUGGGCAACGCUACGACCCUUCAGUCCAAGGGAGAGGGCUGCACGGACCUAGCGGUGAGCAAGAUCUGGAGCAAGAGCGAGAUGGGCAAACACGGCACCAAGAUGAAGCUGACUAUCAGCUCGCAGGGGAUCCGCAUGGUGCACGUGGAAGACAAAGCCAAGCGGCCCGGACACCUGUAUCUGCUGCACCGAGUCACCUACUGCGUGGCCGACCCCCGGCUGCCCAAGAUCUUUGCCUGGAUCUACCGGCACGAGAUGAAGCACAAGGCGGUGAUGCUGCGAUGUCACGCGGUGCUGGUGUCCAAGCCCGAGAAGGCGAAAGCCAUGGCCCUGCUCCUGUACCAGACCUCCGCCAACGCCCUGGCCGAGUUCAAGAGGCUCAAACGGAGAGAGGAUUCCCGGCACCAGCAGCAACAGCUGAUCGGCGAGCACAGCAUCCCCUUAGUGCCCAUGAGGAAGCUCCUCAACGGACAGUCCUGCUACAAACCCCCCGUGGAGCGGAGUCGGAGCGCCCCCAAGCUGGGCUCAAUCACGGAGGAUCAGCAGGGGGAGGAGGAGGAGGAGAGGGCGAUGAGCUUCGAGUGUGAGGAUGUGCUGGAUACCGGGGGUGGAGGGGAGCCUGGGGAGGAGGAGGAGGAGGUGAAGCGGGAGCUGUCUCAGCUCAUCAGUGAUCUCGGGGAGAUGAGUCUGGGCAAUGACUUGCAGACCCUGAAGGCGGACCUGAGAGUGACCAGGCUCCUGUCGGGGGAGAGUACGAGCAGCGAGUCGUCUAUAGAGAGUAACCAGGACUCUGGACUCAUCACCAACGGCUUCGAGGAAUGCAGAGAAGCAGAGACUGUAUGAGAAGGGCCCCCCACUGGCUCAUCCUCACUCACUGACUCUGCCCAGAACACUGACACCUCAUUUAUUCUUCAGCCAACCUGCUUCUUCUUUCCUUUCAUCUUCAGCACAGACCAUUAAGUCGCAGCUUUUCAACCUUUCCGGUACCAUAUUUUAUUGAGACAUUGAUUCCCCGAUGGCACCUUAAUCCUGUACCACAUGUUCAUUACUUUAUGGAAUGGAAGAGCCUAUAGAACCUGUGUGAUUGUCAGGAGGAUCCUUAUUGCUGGCAUAGAGUGAGGAUCUCCAGCUGGAAACCCUCUGCUUGUAUAAUCCUUAUUAGCAGGCUUCAGAUGUUGGGGGUAGUGAUACUAUAGAUCAGGUGGAGGCUCACUGGGCAGACAUCACUGACUAGCUGUAAUGCAUUGUGCUUAAUGGACUUUUGUUAAUGAAAAUGGACAUUUCUGAACUGGUGAUUGUAGGGGAGGAUUGGAAGCACCAUUGGAAUUCACACUGACAGCAAUAUGGGUGCCUGCAAGGGAUCAACUUAGUAUUGGGAGUCAAGGUAUAUGCCAUGAAAACUGAAACCAGGUUCCCUCCGUGGUCAGUCAGAUGACUUUAUAUUGCACUGGGCUGUACACUUUUCUGACACUGGUUUAACUACCCUUUGUGACGGUGAAUGUGUUGAGAUGCAAUAAUGUGUAAGUCCCUGUGUCUCACAGAAUGAAGAGUUGUUGUGGGCAGGAACUCUAAUUACAACUCCAAUAAGAGCUACUUAAUGUAGUAAGACCGCUUUAGAAUAAUUGUAAAAACUGCUUCGCAGUCAUAGACCCCAGCGUCACAGCUGCCCAAAGGAGAAGAGUCGAUCCUGCACAAGGGUCUCCAAAAACCUACAUAAAAGAAUAGGGUUAUAGAAUAGUACUCUUAGGGGCAGAUUUAUCAAGGGUCGAAGUGAAAAUUCAAAUUUUCCAGGUUUUUUUUUUUAGUUGAAAUUUGACUAAGGAAUAGUUAAAAUUAAAUUUUUAAAAAAAAUUAAAUUUUUGAAAUGUAUCAUGUAUGGCCCUUUAAGAAUUCAAAUUCGACAAUUUGCCACCUUAAACCUGCUGAAUUGCUGUUUUAGCCUAUGGGGGAUGACCUUGGAUCAAUUUGGAGUUGUUUACAGCCUUCCUGAAAAUCUUUUUUUUUUUUUUUCCCCUAAGAAAAAACUCCUAAUCAGAUUUGAUUCGAGUUUGCGGGUUGAUCCCAUUCACCCGAGUUUGAAAAAUUUGAAUUUUUUUGAAACAUUUUCAGUGGUCAUUUUUUAUUUGAAUUUGAAGUUGAUGGGAGUUUUUAAAAACUCCUAAGAACUCUAAAUUCGACCCUUGAUACACCUGCCCCUUGGUGAAUUGGCUCUUCACCUUCUGACUAAUAUUCCCCUGAUUUAUAUGCAGUGAAGAUACAGAGAUUAGUGGAAGUUGUGAUACAGAUGUGUAUCUCCUAGUAAGGAAUGUGUGGCAGCAACUGUGAAGCCAUGUAUGCAGUAAAUAAGAUGGUGUGUGCAAUAAUUAUUUUGGGGCCUAAUGCAAGUUCUAUGAACCUGUGGGGCUUAUUCACCAGAGAACAGUAUUAUUUCUAGCACAGCCUAUAAUUACUGUAAUGAAACCUAGUUUCACCCUAAGACCUAGCUUGCAUUACAAGCCAGGCCAAAAUACUUGUGACAUUAAAAAUCUAUAUAAUACAAACACUUGUAUAAUUA